UUAUCUAAACAGACUUGUUGUAUGAGUAGUUAGGUUUUUAACGGGUCUUAGACACAAUUCAACACUCCCUCGGUUACGAACAAACAGCCACGCGAAGAGGUGUGGCUAAACCGGUAGAGCCAACAUGGCAACGACAGGGCGUCAGUUUCACAGUUAGUUCGCACUGAUUCAUACAAACAACAGUCAGCUAACUCGCUUUCAGUACACGGAACUGCCAAAGACCAGUGGACAGCUGAACAUGGCUGAAGUUGAGCCACACGAAGGAGUGCAGGACCUUGAAAAGAAAAUCGAGGAGACAAGGCAGAGAUUCAACAAUGAGUUGCUCCAAGAUUCAACAGAGAAGUAUGACCCCAGGGACGUGGAAAGGCUUCAGACAGAUGACAGUCUGGUGGAGGGCUACCUGACAUGGAGGAUCUAUAAUGUUGAUGAUGCCUUGAAAAUGAUUGAUGAAAGUCUUCAUUGGAGAAAAGAGUAUGGGGUAAAUGACAUUAAUGAGAGCACUAUUCCCAGAUGGAUGUUCGAGACUGGGGCUGUCUACCUCCAUGGCUACGACAAAGAGGGCAACAAACUCUUCUGGUUUAAGGUAAAGCUGCAUGUCAAGGAUGCAAAGACUGUCAUAGACAAGAAAAAGUAUAUUGCCUUUUGGCUGGAGAGGUAUGCAAAGAAGGAACCUGGGAUGCCUCUCACUGUUGUGUUUGACAUGACGGACUCUGGCCUCAGCAAUGUAGACAUGGAGUUUGUGAAGUACAUCAUUAAUUGCUUCAAAGUAUAUUAUCCAAAGUUUUUAUCCAAAAUGAUAAUAGUGGAUAUGCCUUGGAUUCUGAAUGCUGCGUGGAAGAUUGUGAAGUCGUGGUUGGGUCCAGAGGCAAUCAGCAAACUUAGGUUUGCAUCCAAAUCUGAGGUCCACACAUACAUAGGCCCCGAGUACCUGCCACCUCACAUGGGUGGAACGGAUUCCUUCAAGUAUAGUUACCCACCUCUUCCUGACGAUGACUUCCAAACACCCAUCUGUGACAACGGGCCCAUUGUUAGUGAUGAUGAGAGGGAGAGCAAAGAAGGUGACUUGGAUGUUAAAGAUGCCCUUGAGUCCAGCUUCACCUCAGAUGUUGUAGUAAAGCCCAAAAAGGUAAAUUUUCUGGAACAAAGUUUGAGGUCAGAGGACAAUGAUAAAGGAGAUGCAAGCGCCAGGACCAAAGGUGCCAGGAAGCCGCUGACCACCUUCAAAGGUUCUCUGUUAGAUGUUAGCCCUGCAGAGGAGCUCAGCUUUGGUUCUGGAGAGACUGAAAAGAAAAGCUUAAUUAUCCUGAACAAUGUGGUCAAAAAUCAGGUGGCCUUUAAGGUGCGGACCACGGCGCCCGACAAGUAUAGAGUGAAGCCGAGCAGCAGCUGCUGUGAGCCAGGAGCUUCAGUAGACAUAGUGGUGUCACUACAUGGAGGUUCUCAGGCCUCCCCACAGGACAGGUUUCUGAUUAUGGCUGCAGAGAUGGAAAAUGCUGGAUCACAAGAUCUUUCACAGUUCUGGAAAGAAGUACCGAAAACCAAAAUCAUGGAACACAGAUUGCGCUGUCAUGUUCUGGAGAGUGCUAAACCAGCAAUUAAACCUUUUAAGGACAACCCAAUGGAGACAAUGCCAAGCGAGCAGCAGGAGUUAAAUAUAGCGUUUUUGUCUCACCAGCUAAUGCGAGUCGCAGCCUGCACCUCACAGCUGGAGCAGAAGCUGAACAACACCCUGUGGUUGCAGAAGGUUCUCAUUGUGUUGGUGGUAGUCCUCGUGAUGCUAAAUCUGCUGUGUCUCCACCUGCUGGGAACAGCUCAGCGGCCAUCUUGAUGUGCAACGGCAUUCUCUCAGCUGUUUCUGUAAAUUCCGGAUACACAGUUCCAGCGGGGCCGCGUUUGACCUUCCUGAUUGGCGGUCAUCUGAUGUUUUCCCGCCCUUUCCACAAGCUGCUAUCAUGGAGAGUCAGCAGGGCUGACUUUAGGACAUGUGAGUUGUUGUGGAGUAAAACUAAAUGAAGAGAGAUUCUCUUUUUCUGACACAGUCAGAUUCAAUGAUGUGACAUCAAUUCCUUGGUGUUUUUUUGUUUUUGCUUUUUAAUAUUGCUCAUGGAAAAAUGUAAUUUACUAAAAUUAAUUGCAACAGUCACAAUAUGUAGAAAAUAUUAGUUAUUUUUUCAAACAUGUUGUAUAAUUUUUUACAUGAUAUAAAUAUAAACAAAAUAAACACCUUUGGUCGGUCA